AUGCGAUACGACGAUUGGGACGUCCUCCUCUUCCCUGGGGACAGCAAAGUUCCCAUCAAGGAGUUCAAGGUCGGCUGUCAAGUCAUCAACGAUCAUGAAUUUAGCCGCCAACCCGGCCACUACAGCCUUCUCCCCGUUAUGACUUGCUUCAUCCCGAGUCUCUCGGCCGGUGAGCCUUUCAGCAUCUCAUGCCAUUCUUGGCACACGCCCACCCUCAGUCCUCAGAGCCGAAGCUAUACCAGGCAUCCCGAGUUGAUCAAGUAUGAGGCGCGAGUCUUCAUUGACGGUGCCCUCGUAGCCAUAGAUUUCAGCAAGACUGGCGAGCUCAACCCCCUUACAUUCCCCGCUUUCGAUGAGCAAGUCAUCCACCAGAACUACUGGAGCGCGGCCGACACCUGGGGCCGCAUCAAGCUGGUCAUCAGCGAGGGCUUCGUUCGCGAUUCUGCUUUUCUUUUCCCCGGCAUGGAGCGUGUGAAGAAUAUCGUUGUCUUUUCCUUCCAGCAUGCACCCCUCCAUGUCCUCGAGGCCGCUUCCAUCGCGUGGCCUUGCCCCUCGAUGUGGCGUUGUACACCUCUCACCGCCAUAUCGCCGGUGCCCACGCAACGUCCGGAGGAAGGUUCCGAUUCGCACCUCCAUUCUCCUCGUCGCCAGGCCGCCGCCUCGGCUCGUAUUCACACCGCCAGCGUGGCCGCCGCAGCUGCCAAGGGGAUCAAGGACCCCCGGGAUCUUCCUCGCGUAUUUGGGACGCAGUAUCAAACGCCUGGCCCGUACGUGUCGAGCUCCCAAGCUCCGGCACCCAAUCCCAUCGGCGCGUCGGCUCUUGAUUGGGGCCGCAACCUCAACAAGGAUGUUGGGACGACGGCGGCCGGUCUGGGCUACGGCGACGCACGCUUUGCUGCCUAUCGACAUCCUGCGAGGGAGGGAAGCCUCGCGACGUCGGGGGAUCUGAGCAUGCCGGACUAUGCCUCCUCCUCUUACCACGGCGGCCAUGCCAACAUGCCGUUCCAGGGUGACGGAACCUUUGAAGGCGACCGAAAGUCCGAGGUGAUGUAUCAGCGGCGUGGAGGGGACGGCACCGCGGUGCCAUGCAGAAUGCAUACGAACACACCGAUUGGUAGCGAGGGCGGUGGAUUGACAAACUGUGCGUCGUACCCGCAAACGUACAUAGACACGGAACUCGCGGCCACGCUGGCCAACUCCUUUAUCGAACUCCCAGCCGGCCCCUUGUCGGACGGCAAAUGCAGCCCCAUGGUCCCCGCGUUCGAGGUCAAGUCACGCAAGGAAAACCAGGUCGGCUCAUCCGGCGCGCGUGUCUCCUCUGCUGCUGCUGCUGCCGCCGCCGCCGCCGGCGCAACUCGGGAAAUAUCGACGCAUGGCGAGGUUGAGAGACGAGUCUUGUCUCGGGAGACUCUCGGGCUCCCGCCCACGGAAGCGACGGUGCGUCGAGCCUCCACGAACGAGAAUGUCAAGACACAGGCCUGGAACAUGGUCGACCGUUCGACCUCUAUGGCGUCACACGGCAGUACGAAACAAGGUGGUGCCGGUCUGGAUAGGGAUAGGGGGGUCAGAGGAGUGCGAAACUUUACCCCGGCGUCCACGCGAGCCAUUGACUUGGAGGAUGAGCCUCAACGGUACAGUCGCGUACCCAGCUUGGCCGAGAGGCUUAGCGCGAUCGAAUGAAGGAGGUAGAGGCAUCGAGAGUGAUUCAACGUCGGGAUGAACAUGGGGACAAUCGUUAGUACAUUUUUAGGAAUGGGGAUGGCAUGAGCGAUGGUUGAGUUGAACAACAGUACCUUAGGUACCUAGACUAGG